GCUUUUUGGUUAAGCGUGUGGCUUUCUGUAUUGCUAUCAUGCGGUCAUUACUAAAGUUGGUAUAACUGGAGAAGCAAGUAGUCGACAACAUUCAUCUCUCGAUGGGGUGUCUAACUCUGUGUUACUGUAUGUUUGACCCUAACUUAAUUUACGCCGGAGUAUCCCUUGAAGUGGCACACCCCAUGUAUGGAUUUGAUAGUCCUCAAGUGGCAACCUAAAUUUGAUUCCAACUUGCAGCCUGAUCCCUGCACGCCCCUUUCCACUCUUGCUCAUCAGCCCCUGUCCUGUCUACUUAGAAUAAAGGCAUACACAAAAAUACAACUUUAAAAUCUCAAAGAUUACUUUCUAACUAAAAAAAAAAAGAUCUACAAAAGGACAUUUGUCCAAGGUCACAGUUUCAGACAAAAUGAGAAAAAAAAAUUUAAAAACAGAAAACUAGCUGUCAUGAUUAAUUCUUGUGGUUUUGUUCUUUUUCUUCUUUUGUGUUUUUGGUGUAUAUUUAUUCCUGUGGUUAGUUUUCUGUGAUUCCUUUUUUAUUUCGUAGUUUCUUCUCCUUGUGUGUCUAGUUUAGUUUGACUUCCUGGGUUUUCUCUCCCCAGUGAUUGUCUGCACCCAUGUCUUAUUGUCUCACCUGUCUCGUUGUCUCAUUACCCACUGUAUAUAUGGUCCCUGUCUCCCCAUCUUGUUCAUUGGAAUGUCCAAUCAGAUUUCAGGGGGAUUACAUAGCCACCCUUGGCCACCCUCUGGACACACCCCUGUUAAAUGUCUUUUCCUGUCACGUUGUAAAACCUUGUGGUUAAUUAUUAUCCCAGUAUUUUUAUCCUAUAGGAGUAAAACGAGUGAGAACCUGUGACACAUUUGGUGUGACUUUCAUUUUAGUAAGUCUUUGACCUUGGCUUUGGGAUGCACCUGUUAUAUGAGAGAAUGGUAUUCUGCUACUUUGGACCCAGUGUCCUAUAGAGAGAGCUGUCGGUCUCUCGCGACUUCGCAGAAUGAGGAAUGGAAGGUUUUGAUAUCAAUCUGAACUCCCUGAUGCCUCAUCUCAAGUGUGAUUAUUUCCCUGGAAUAAAUAGUUCCUCUGAAGACAAACAUUUGCCGGGAGUAGACGGAGAAAGUCACGUCUGAAUUUGAAGGGACGGGGUGACUCAUUUUGAACAGAAAAUGACACUUUUUGGGACUUAUUCUGUUUAUUUUUCGGGUCUUUGACACAUGACCGGCAUUGAGAGAAAGCAGCUCUGUUAAUCCGCGAUUUAAGAACCUGUCUGUGACUCAUUCAGUAUCCCACCAGGUCCGUCCUGUCCCCACGCCAGCAGGAUUGCAGGGGCUACUUCUUCGCCGGAAUCACCGCCUCAGGACCGUAUGGAGACCAAUUCCUGCGUGAGGCGCGCACCUCGACGUCCUGAACCCGAUCCUACAGUAAUUCAGAGUAGUUGACACCACCUCUACCUCUGUGGGGACAUAAAACAUGCGGAGCAGAAGUCGGGGUGUCUCUCAAAGUCAAACAGGGAACUCCCUCACUGUAUCCAGGCUGUCUCUCCGCUGAGCGCGCACUCCUCCUCCAAGCAUCUGUGAUCAUGUCUGCGGGUCUGCCUCCUUCCAAAGCCCUCUACAUCGGGAUGGAGGUGGUCAUCGCGGUGUCCUCGGUCAUCGGGAACGUGAUGGUGGUCCUAGCUGUGCGUAUCAACCGGUCUUUAAGGGACACCACGUUUUGCUUCAUCGUCUCCCUGGCCUUGGCUGACAUUGCAGUCGGGGCUCUUGUUAUCCCGCUCGCCAUAACCAUCAGCAUCGGACUCCAGACGCACUUCUACAGCUGUCUAUUGGUCGCUUGCACGGUGCUCGUCCUCACACAAAGUUCAAUCCUGGCGCUACUGGCCAUCGCAAUCGACCGCUAUCUGCGCGUCAAAAUCCCCAUGAGGUAGGCACAAAGGUGAAUUCUUCUACUUUCUUAUCAUGUCUGACUUAGACCAGCCUUUGUGUCUGGACCGCUGCCUGGACCAAGGGCACCCACCCAUGUGAGCUCUAUUCACAGUGAUUUUUAGUUAUAAAACCCCAAAUGACCGUGAAAUGUUUUGUUAAGGUGACAUUAAUUCACCGAGGAUAAUUCAAUCUGCAAUUUCUCUAUUGAAAAUAACAGUGUCGGAGAUAAAUGAGUGAGUGAUCUGUAAGUCUAGGCCAUAUUAUCACUGAAAUUUGCCACAACUUCAUUUGACUCAUUUGUUGAUUUCCUCUUAAUUUUCAAUCCACUGCCCUUCACAAAAGAGUGAAAAUUGGCUCUAAACUUCCCUAUAAAAUUAUAAUCCAAUGAGGAUAAUAGGUAAAAUAUUUUCAAAAAUCCUUUUGAUUCUACAUUUCCAUUAGAUUUAUACAUAAUUUCAUGAUCUGCUUAUGUUGUGCCUGACAGUUGUUAAAAAAGUCAGAAAUUCAUGGAGGCUGUCCUGGUAUUUUCAGACAUUUAUUUGAAUAAAAAUAAGUAAUUCAGUGUGAAUUAUGGGACAUAACCUGGGAUGCUAAAGGUCCCAUAAAAGCUCAAGACAUUUUUAAGAGCUGUUGAAUUUCACACAAGUCAGAUGCUGACUUUGCAGCCUGAGUUUAACGUGGACGCCUGUGGAGGUAGCUCUUAUGUCUUGAUUCCUUUAAGCUGGUCUGUUGAUAUCUCACAUGGUGUAAUCCCGGCGUUGGCAUUGUUGCGUGGUAACAGGGAUGUUCAAAUCCAUGGAGCUUGUCAUCAUUCCUCUUGUCUUGCCUCACUGUUAUUUAACUGAAAGCUCAAGUUUCCACUUUACGUUGGUUCAUUUAACAAAAACCCUGGAACAAGUCGGGCUGAGGAUGCAUGACUGGUCAAUGGGCUCAUGGUGGCUGGCUGAUGGAUUGCAUAAUUUUUCAAGCUAGAAAGCAGCACACAAACAUACACACACACAUACACACUUACACUCUGUUGCAGAGAGGACAAUUAACAGAGCUUGUGAUGAAAAAAAAACCACUUUAUGUUGUGUUGUUUAAUCCUAUUACAGGUUUUUCUGUUACUUAUCAUCCUGUCACAGUGUUUCUCAGCCCUUCACUGCAGACAGUGGUUAACAUAUGAAGCAGCAGUUUUACUUUCACAAGGUAAAUGACAGAAAAAGUGUUUGAAUCUUAUCUAUCAGGUUCCAUUAAUGGCAUCAGCAGCAAGAAGAGUGGUCAGAUGCUUUCCAUCCACCUAAAAACAAGCAAGAGGCAUAUUUGAAAGACUCACAAAUUUAACAAAGUGUCCCUCUGCACCGUUUCUGAUUCAAUGUUGAUGCAUAAAUUUAUGUGGACAUGCUCAGACUACAAACAGCAGCUUCACUGUCUCAUAGGUACAGUGGGUGAUUAUGUGUCCCUGUCCCUGAACCCCCCCUGAGAUUCUGCAGGCACACAGUUUAACAGCCACUGAUUGCUUUUUAUAGUGCAGGCACACUGACAUGAUAAGGUUGGUGGGUGUAAGACUGGCAGAUGUUCAAAGUAUUACAAGUGCGCUUAGAUGGAGGGAGAAAUUUACAGCAUGGAGAUAAGGGUUAAAAUCCCACUGGAAAUGAAAGCAAAGAGGUUUUUUAGCAAAUGAAGAGUGACAGAAAGUGAGAGUAAAACUAAGACUAGACAACCACAGAGACCCAUCAUGUCCGUUUGACAAUGACUAAUUCAUGAAACUGUCCAAUUGAAGACAGUUUUGUGGGAGUGACAGGAUGAGCGACGCUCAGAGGAUUGCAGAAUGUCAUGCUUGGCAAAGACUCACACAGUUUCGCUGUUUUGUAGCACAGAUAUGUCUUGCUUGUGUCUACAGUAGUUUGCUUAAAUAAGGGAGUGAGAUCAGCCAAGCUUUGUGUCCUGCUGCCCUCAAUAUCAUGUACUGUAGAGCGAUAAAGUUCUGUAGAGAAACAGUUCUACUCAUUACAAGUAUUUUCUUACUGAUGAAAGAUACAUUUUUACUUUGCAAAUGAAACAAUAAACAGUUUUAACAGGAAUAUAAAUGCUCCAGUUUAUUUAAUCAGUAUGACAGUGAUUUCCUGUUACAGCCAUACUUGGUCUGGUAUGACCAGGAGCCAUUACUCAGUUAAAAUCAUUACAGAGUCAGAGAUAAUGUGUUAAACUGAAGGUGGGGAAAAUCCACCUUAAAAACUAAAGCUAUCACAAACUAUUUAUUUAAGAGGACUUCAUUUUGUUUUGUGGAUUCAGCUGAAAAAGAAAAAUAGUCCCUCCAGUUGCAUAGUUGGCUAAGGAUUCAGCUGUAGAGAUACACUCAGUGCCUGGAAUCCAAGAAUCCAAGACAAAAUCUAACAUUUUGAUUUCCUCCACUUUGUGCAGCCUACCUUUUCGAAAUACUAAUGAAAACGUAUGUGUUUGUCACAGUUGCACUCUCAUCAUGCAGUGAUGUAAUGUGCUCUUUCAGGUAAUGAUGAUCAAUGACAGACAUUAUUGAUCCAGUUUAUGGUCCCUUUGACCCUCCUCCACUUUAAUUACUAUUACUCAUGCAAUGUAUAAAGACAAGACAUGACCUGAUGUCUGUUACUAUCUUUGGGUUUUAAGCCUGAAAAGGCCUUAUUUGGAGGAUUGGUUAAAAAAGCAUUUCUGUGUAUCUAUCCAGAGUGACAGGCUGCUGUGACAGAGACUUGAUAAUCACAGGUAGCCCUGCUUUAAUAACUAUUUACCUCUGGAUGGGAUUAUUAUUUACAACACUACCACCAACCAUAAACCAGCCAUUGAAGCCAUAAAGCUCAUUAGAGAAAUGUUUGCUGAGAUGAUUAAUCAACCAAGAAUCAGAGUCUUUUCCUCACAGACUCUGUAGACUCAUACUUUUACUGCCGGUGUAGAAGGCUCCUGUUGGCAAUUUGACAGAAUGUGAGUUUAGGGAAAUUAAGCAUUGAGGGUCAAUUUUGUUCUCUGCAGUCCACUGCAGUCUAAAUUGUAUGUUCAUAUUAAAUCACAUCUCUAUUUGAAACCAGUGAAGUCUCCCAUUUAAGGAAUGCAGGUUUGAAACAACCUAACCUGUAGGCUUCACUUUUGCAACAGGAGUCCAUAUUUCUAUGAAUAUAGUCAAUGAUGUAACACCAAAAUAAUAGUUAUUCGUUUUCUUAAUCUUACCAUGUGUCUGUAUGUACAGUUCUCUCUGUAACCGAUUGUGGUUACAGAAGGAUUUUUAUGAAAUCUUGUCCUUGACUAUUGAAGGAACUCUUUGUGAUUCAAUCACUGCAGAAAUUUAACAUCCCAGGCCUCACAAAAGGAGUCUUUGUAUAGUUAUGUUAAAACUGAUUUGUAUAACUGUGUUGGGUGAAUCUAAACUAUUGUUUCCAAUAUUUCAGCAAUCAUCUUUUUCAUUAUUAGAAUACUUUCAAACUUAAAACUGUAAUAGAGAAUUUGAAGUUAGAGUGAAUUCACUACUUGUUUAAAUUGGAUAUAAAAUGGAAAAAUACAGAUCGCAAACAAAUGACUUUUCUAUCCACUGAGACUUUUUCUCAAUCUUCUCCCCUGUUUCCAUAGUUAUAAGCGGGUAGUGACCCCGCGGCGAGCUGGCACGGCUGUGUUAUUGUGCUGGCUGGUGUCCAUCAUAGUGGGCCUGACGCCCAUGUUGGGCUGGAAUAACCUGCAGCAUCUACAUAACAAUGGCUCCCUUAUCACUGAUGACCUCCUGGUGACCUGCGAAUUUGAGACGGUCAUCAGCAUGGACUACAUGGUCUACUUCAACUUCUUUGGUUGGGUGCUGCCCCCUCUGCUCCUCAUGCUGGCCAUCUAUGCAGAGAUUUUUUACAUGAUCCACAAACAGCUCAACAAGAAGGUGAGAACUGCUUCUCUUGAUUGUUUGAUCUGAAUAGGAUGAUUGUCCAGUCAUAAAAAACUACUUGCACCAAAGCUAAAUUCAUACACUGAUGAUCUUCUCCUUUAUUUCUCUGUAGGUGACAGCCAGCCACACAGACCCCAGCCGUUACUAUGGCAAAGAACUCAAACUCGCCAAGUCCCUGGCCCUCGUUCUUUUCCUCUUCGCUGUCAGCUGGCUCCCUCUUCACAUCCUCAACUGUAUCACCCUCUUUUGUCCUGCCUGUGACAAACCAAUAUUCCUAAUUUACAUCGCUAUCAUCCUCACCCACGGCAACUCAGCUGUCAACCCCAUUGUGUAUGCUUUCCGCAUCAAGAAAUUCCGUACGGCGUUCAGGAAAAUCUGGAAAGUGUACGUGCUCUGUCAGGACCCUGUUGGCCGCCUCCCUCAAAGAGGGAGCCAGAGAGGACAGAGUCAUGAGAGGAGGCUGAGGCAAAAUGAUGAUGAUGACGAUGAUGUGUGACAUCUGGAAAUGUUAUGGAUUGCUAUAUUACCUCUACGUUUCACUCCUCUGGUUUACAGAAUGGAAAAGACUGGGCAUUUUUUGAAUGCCUGAGGAAUUACUGGCCAAAUAGCCUUGAAGGACGUCAGAGAGGUUAAAGGUCAAGGAACUCCUUUGUAGACUGUCUGAUUCACUCUGUCUUAUGCAAUCAAAGAGGACAGGUAGACAUGGCAGCAUGGAGAUGGGGUAAACAUCCCAGACCAGACUCUGUAAAAAAAAAGUGAUAAAUUUGUCCACUGGCUUUUUGAUGUCAUAUGGGAAAAGGGGCUUCUCAUCAAUUUCAACAUCAACCUGUUGAGCUUGAAUUAAUAAGUAUAUAGUAUAUCUGUAGCACAUGCAGAACAGUAGCAGUAUAUGCUGUGUGUUUUUUUUGUUGUUGUUUUUUUUAUUACCUGUACUGAAACUCUUUGCUCUCGUCAUAUGAAUAAGCUCAAACUGUUAAAAAUCACAUUACAUUCUUGAUUUAGAAGCUUGUUUGGCCUAAAGGAGAAAACACAUAAUGAAGAGGAUCUAAGACAUUGUGGUGUGUGAAUCUACAGUGGUACUCAGCUAGUUUAGUGUUUUGAAUUUGACCAGGACACAGGACCUACUGUGUCUCUCUCUCUGGCUGCAUGGAUUAGUGUGCUAAUGGUAAUGAGGUGCUUUCAAGGGCUUGUGAAGAGUUCAUUGUUGUUUCAUUAUUAAGACCAUUUGUCUGACUGAAUGGCUGAUACUAGAUUCUAAUUUUUACAGAAAAGCAGCAUUGUGCCAUAAGACAAGACAAUAAAUAGACUUUAUUAAUUAGCUGUGAGUAAAGACAGUGAUAAAAAUCUAUAAACCAGUGUUAUAGUACUCAUGGUUUUCAGGACUUGUGACUCAACUUUAACUGGAGUAUUGAUGACUUGGGCCAGACUCAACCAUAUGACUUAGAAGGUAGAGGGGGGGUACUUCGUCUUACUUAGUGAUAGUGAUUGGGGUGACCAUACGUCCUCUUUUACCCAGACAUGUCCUCUUUUUUGGUGGUUACUUGGGCUAUCCGGGUUUGUCUGGCUUUGUCCGGGUAAGUUUAUAAAAUCCUUUAAAUGUCUGCAGUUUUACAGUAGACUUACUAAUUUGAGAGCGCGUGAAAGACACUCGAUCCAACCCGAGUAACUCUCAAAAUGAAUUUUGUGAGACUCUGUGACUCCACCCCUGUGUAGUCUAGUCCUCUCUUUGGGAAGUCAGAAUAUGGUCACCCUUAUAGUGAUAAUAGUAUAGUUGACUUUGUAACAGUUCCUGCCAGAGUCUUUUUACAGGAUAGAUUGUGCGUUGUGAUAAAGAUUGUACAGCAAUUGCAGGUCAACAUGCCAGUUGUGUAAAAGGACCAUCAAGGAGACUGAGACCUCACUACAACCGUCCAGGAUGCACAUAAGACUUGGACUGUUGAUUAUGUUUAUGGUAACAGGCUAACAAUGGGAUGCCAAUGUCCUCGAAGUUUAAUCAUGACAGAAGAACAGAGGCUAUUGUCCUCGUCACAGCAGUUGCUGGUUAGGCUCCAAUUCAAGAUCAUUUGCUGCAGGUCUUCUCACUCUCCUUGCUCCCACAUUUCCUGUCUCUUUCAGCUGUUCUGUCUAGUAAAGGCAAAAAUGUGCAUAAAAAUUGCUUAAAAAUACAACAACAAAAACCAACCUAAAGGUAAUGUUGACCUCACCACGAAGUCUGAGAUGAUUGAGUGGUCAACACUCUGAUCAAUCACAGGCUGCAGGUAUUAUUGAAUUAAUUCAGACACCUGCAGUAAUUCCACCACAGCAGGAUUGAUACAGUGUACAUUAAACACGAUGCUCAUGCCCUGAAACAUGACGUGCAGGGCUGUAAUUUGUUGCUAAUUCAAAUCUCAAACCGUGUCAACCAGAUAAGUCAGAAUCUCAUAUUGAUAAAAGUCAGGCCAGGUUCGUACCAUAAAAACAUAAAGCAGUCGUCUUGAUAACAAAUAGUGUUAUCAAUGAGGACUUGACACAGAUUUGAGCUCAGGUAAAAGGGACCUAAUCAGAACUUGACCCAGAUUCUUCUUUAGAGACUCAGCCUUGACUCAAACUUGAAUACUAAAGACUUUGGACUUGACUUGAACUGAAACUGAAGUUUGGGUGAAUCAACUAAACUCAACUCCUCUACUGUGGACCUACUUAUUUUAUCUCUGUAGCUUCAUAGGAUUUAGUGUUGUAGACACAUUAUCCGAUGAGUUCAGUUUGGAAAGUUUUUUUCUUUUUUUUAAAUAAUGGUCCAAUCCAGUACUGUGCUUUUAUUUUGUAACAGGUAUCCUCAUGUCUCCUCUGUCAUUAUCCACAGAGGCUACUUCUUUUCUCUACUGAUUCACUUGUUGUGUUAUCCAUGAUGUUAUGUCGUCACGACCCCCCUGUCAGUAUUAAAUAUUACAUACAGUUUACUUUUAGAAUGACUAAGAUUUGACAUAAAAGAAUAGGUUGAAACAGGACUAAUGACAUUUUUUUAAAUGUAUAGAAAAUGAUUUAUUUAUAUGUAAAUGCUAAUAGGAGCUAUUGUAUAAAUCUUAUCUCUCUUAGUAAACAGUUAUUUAUUUUUUAACAGCAGCCAUCAGACAGCUGUUGACCGAGCAAGCACAUUGGAAAAUCAGCCCUUUGAGCAUCUUGGUACAGUUUUUUAAAACAAGGAAGAUAACUGGAGAGAAAGUGGGAGGAAAAAUACACAAGAGGAACCUGAGAGCCACAAAGCUGUAUAUAUGUCAGCUGGUGGAAGACCACUUUGUCCUGUGACUGAAACAGCAACUCUUCUCAACCAAGGCCAUAUCCAUCAGAGGCGGGAGGCCAUUUUUUGCGAGUAUUUAUUCAAGUUUUGUCAGUCUGAAAAAAAUAGUUGGCUGAUGUGAAAAUUGAAAAAGUUAUGAAAGAUGAGUCUGUGAAUGAGGUGAGAAAGGGUAAAAGGAUUAAAUUGUUUACAAGAAAGAGCCAGACGGCACAAGUGCCACUGAAGACCUCAACAGGAGUUUUCAUUUUUGAUGAGGUCAACUCAGAGGCCACCCUGAUGCUCUCCCUCCCAACAAACAGACAUUUAACAUGAUCUCGUUGAUCUCUGUCUUAACUUGCUGGUGUGUUGUGUGUUACAACAUCUACAGUGAACACGCACAUGAUGUACAUCUUUAUCAGACAAGUGUGCUGACUUUAUUUCAGUGUUGCUGUUGUACAACAUUUCAAUGUAAUUUCUCAUGUUGUGCUUUUUAUCCAAUGCUUUUAAAGCCACUAUGUGUUGAAUCAGAUCAAGCUAUGGUCAUUUUGUUAUUACUUUUUAGGUUUUUGACUGAGGAGAAACUGGACAAUCCAGAUGAUGGCUGGUUCAAACUAAGUGUGUUGCUUGAGAGAUCACACUUUGGCUGUGUUCAAAUCACAAACUGAUCUCUGAAUACUUACAAUUUAGUCUAUGGUCAAAAACUUUGUCUUAGUGAGGACUGGAUGGUGUUUUUGAGUGCCUCUUGCAUAUUGGAGAUAUUUAGCUGUGUAGUGGUACAUAGUAACCACUGUAGUGCGUCUACAUUCUGUGACCAAACAAUGGACUGAUUUUGAUAAUGUAUUGCCCAUUAAGCACUAAAAUGUCUUACCUACACUGAAAUAAAAGAUAACUCUUGACACUUUGCGGGGUCUGCUCUAAAUGCUCUAAGAUGUUGUGUGGCUUCAUUACAGUGUUAUUGGACAUUCCUGGUGUUGUACGGCCCAGCAGUAGUAUUAAGGUUUUAAAUAUAACCAAGGCAUGUGUUUGGUUUCUUACCAAUAUCUCUAAAACACAACAAAAAUCGUCAUAAAUAAAAAGUAGCAUUAUCAUGAAGUUUUAGGCCUCAUGAACAUCUAACAGUGAUAUUUCUGAAGCUACCACUAUUGCCAAAGUGUAAAAUUCUAUCUCUUCACAUAGUGGCUUUAAGUGUUGAUCUUUUGCUUAACCAGUGAAGUAAAUGAAACAUAACCUGUGCAAUACUACAGAUGUACAUUAACAAUAUAGAAAAGAAAUGUGUUCGCUUCGAUAUAUGUGAAUACUGUUUAUCAAAAUCAAGUGCUGGGGCCUCAAAGUAAGUGUUAAUAACAUGCUGAGUUUUGUUAAUCUUUCAUAAUGACAAAAUAAAAUAAGUGAAGUGACUCUAAAGGUCAGUAGAUAGACUUAAAACACUAGUAACCUUGGCUUACUGUGUACAUUGUGUCAAUGCAGUUGGUUUACCUACUACUAUUGUCGUUUUGGAAAAUAAAAUUCCAUUAAACAUAUGCAAAAUGAAAUAAAGUCACUUUGAUCUGAAAUGCUGACAGCAGUGGUUAUGAUGACUAAUGUUACCAGGUGGUUUCAAUUGUCAGAGGAAGCUUGGUUUUCAAAUAUUCUGUUUGUCAUGAUUAUCAUCGUCUGUAUAUAGAUAAAGACAAUGCACUUCCAUCGCUUCCUGUUUAUUGAAAAAUUCAUAAAUCUAUCUAUCUAUCUAUCUAUCUAUCUAUCUAUCUAUCUAUCUAUCUAUCUAUCUAUCUAUCUAUCUAUCUAUCUAUCUAUCUAUCUAUCUAUCUAUCUAUCUAUCUAUCUAUCUAUCUAUCUAUCUAUCUAUCAAUGUUUGAGAGAAAAAUGUAUUGAGUGUGUCUUUAGAUUUUAAAGUUUGACCUGUGUUGCAUUUGUUAUAAUGGAUGACGCAGACUAUGACCUUUACUGCAGCCAGCCACCUUAGAGUGCUCUGUUUUGGCUUCAUGGUUGAGAAGUUGUUAUUCAUUCUUAUUUUGACACAUUUUUGUCUAAAAGUGCUCCUGAGUCUAAAAAGUACAUAACAUCCCUUACUGGUACAAACCCCUCAGCUCACUGUUCAUUACCUUUUCAUCAGGAUGAAACAUGUACUUGAGUUUUAAGUAGUUUCUCAGUUCACUGCAGGGAAAAAAAAAGAGUGAAACUUAAAUUAAAGAGACCUUGUUCUCAGCCAUCAAACUUGCUGCACUGCAUUUUGAUAAGUUUUUUGUUGGAGCAGAGCCAAUGUUCGUGUAAUUUCUUACACCUCUAAAAUUUCAAUGACCAUUCUUUCUCCCCGAGGCCCAUGUCUUACAUAUUUUGAUACAGGAAAUAUCCCAAGGAAUGAGAGGUUGGUAACACCAAAUUUACUAUCCUACUCUAUGUAGCUGUCAUUUUCCAAAUUGAAUCGAUUGAUAUUCUUCCUUUUUUUUUUUUUUUUUUUUUUUUUUGCAACCAGCAAUAUGAAAUAGCACAGCACAACAUUGGUCUGCACGACCAUUGUGGAAAAUGGUUGCAAAGCACACAAAUAUGAAAACAAAACAACAGUUCAAUGUAUUCGUUUUUCUUUUUUUCCUAAAAGGUCAGUGUCUAUAUGAAGCCAAGAAAAAAACACCUGCAAGUCUGGAAGCCAGUAGAGUUUGAGAAACAGAAGCAUGGCAUAAAACAAGUCGUACGGACCAUCCUUUAACGGAGUGAAGCAAACAGGUCAAAACACUCCAUGAUGGUCUAAUACCAGCUUGCCUUAGAGAGUCAAGUCAAGUCAAGUUUAUUUGUAUAGCACAUUUCAGCAGCAGGGCAACUCAAGGUGCUUUACAUGAAAUUAGCAGGCAAAACAUUCAACACAAUUUGAGAAGUAAAAACAGCCUAAAAGACAUUUAACAAAUUUAAAGUUACAUUCAAAACUAAAAUAAGGUUGGAGCUAAAAGAAAACAAAGAGAGAGAGAAAAAAAGAUCAAGACAGGCAGAUGAUGAAGAUGUUGAUUAGAGGCCUCAGGUUUGAUUUAAUGAUAGGCCACGGCAAACAUAUGCGUUUUCAGCUGUGAUUUAAAAGAACUGAGAUACAGGCAAUAUCCCAAGGAACGAGAGGGAAAAUAUUCCUGCUCAAAGCAAAUGAUAGGCUGCCCUUACAGUCUGCAAGGUUAACGCUCACUCUCUGUAGAAAUACGUCAUUUUGAUCUGUACACAUAACUUCAGAUUCCUAAACACAAUAAGUUUGUAUUCCCAGGACAAUAUGUAAUGCUUGCAUUUUGGGUCUAAACAUUGAACGCCUAAGCAGUUCUUGUGCUGUACUGUACAGUCGAAGAGAGUUUACAGAAAUGCCUGCUCUGUAAAGACCCAAGACAGUCAAUUAUUUGAGAGCAUUAAAGACCAGAAAAGAAGAAUAUGAGUCAAGCAUGACUGUCCAGAUUCAGACUAACAAGUUAUAACAUUUUGGAGUGAGUGGUGAGUUACUGUGGCAUAAAACUGCAGCUUUAGUGCAUAAAAGAUCUUUCCGGAGCCCAUUGAUCAUAAUCUUGGCGUCACUACAUGUGAGAAGUCCCUUGGUACUUUGAAACAGAAACUCAGACCCAAAGGCAUGCACAGCAUCCGUUGGAAGUAUCCAUCCUAUACAUAGAAAGAACGGGUUCCACCUCUUUCUGGGAUUAAGCAUAUUUCCUUUUCCUCCUGUGCAUACACCCUCCAGCUGGUCUUAAAGCCUGGCGGUUUCAGUUCUCCCCUGUGAUGUGUGACAAUUAGUGUGGAGUUGGUGCAGAUUGUUAAACAGCUGAAAAGAGGAAGAUGCUGCUUCUGUGAAAUCAACGUAACCCCAGCAGUGGCUGUGAUCAUCUACUCGGCAAAAAUGCAGUAUAUUACUUCAAAUCAAAGACAAUCUGAUUUCCUUUUAAACUUUAAGCUAUUGUCCUGUAGGGCAUUUAAAAUGUGUGCUCGGUCAAGAUUGUCAGCAGGAAUUUCUCACAUGUUUAUGAGCACCCUUGACUUUGCACCUUCCUCACUGAGGUGAAAGUCUACAGUCAGAUGCCUUCUCAUCUUGGUGUAAAACACAGCCAGAUAGCUUGAGGCUCUUUGAGCGCGACACCAGAGAAAAACAGGGGAAAAAAGAGGAAAAGGAUUUUGCUGUGGACUAUUCUUAAAAUCUAUCUAACCAGCAAAAGGAAGAGAAACUCCUAAUUUCGUUUAAAAUGUGGUCUGAGGUUUUCCUUUGUUUCCUCUUCUGUUUUCCUUUAUAACCACAAACUGUGAUUGUAUUAUCAGUACUGUUCAGGUUAAUUUUUCAGUGCAGGUGCAAAACUUCCUCGUUGGGAUCUAAGAGAUCUGUGCUGCCCUCUGCUGGCUAUAUUUUGGUAUUGAAAACAUUUACUGCCAGUUGAAAAUAAAUACAAAACCUAAUCAUAAAUCAUCUGAUCAUAUUUGCAUAGAUAUAAAGAAAUAGGAUUCAUUACUGUUAGAGUCCCUCUGAUCGUUGUAAAGUCUUCUUAACGUUUCUAAAUGUGGUAAGUUUGUAGAUCUUACAGAGAGUGAUCACAUGAAGAGUGUAAGAUAAAACCUAUUUGCAUUUAUCCGCUUAUUAAAAGAAGAAACUGCAUUCACAUUUGACAUUUCAUUUUUGAGGGGCUUUAUUUUUUAGGAUGUAUGCACACAGGUUUUUCACAACAGUAUUAUCUUUACGCCAAACACAUUUGUCAGUCCUGACGUUUCUCAUAUCUCUUGUAUUCUAUAAUCUGUUUUCCCUCCUCUGAAUUUAACAUAUUCAGUUCAUCCAUCAGAUUAAAAUGUUGCAGCCUGGAAAGCUUACCGAUAAACCCUGUAGAAAAUGAUGGAAAAAGGCAACACUACUUUACAAAUAUGUUGAGUGACAGGUUGACACAGCAUGUCAGUGGUGUGACAAUGAAGCAGAUGCCCCAGAAUUCACGGUGAUAGAAAGUAUGAACAUUUCUUUCUUUUUUAUGCGUGUCUGUGUUCGCUCCACCCUUUAGGAUGAGAUAUAAACUCCAGACCCUCAGGAAGGAACGUGAGCAGAAGCUUAAAGAUGAACGGCUGAAUAAAAGGCCUUUUCUCAUGAGUAACUUGACAAUAUAUAAGAAGUUUUUACCUCUGGGUGGUUGUUGUCCUGAAGACCAGCUGUAUGUAAACAUGGAUUGAUAUUUCUAUAUACAGUGCUGAUGGCCUUAUGUUCUUUAUUGACUCUUUUUUAAGACAGAUAAAUAUACACUACAGGCCAAAAGUUUGGAAGCAAGGCCAUUACAGGCCGAACAGUUGGGAGUAACUUCAAGUUUUUGUUCACAAUGUUUUUUUUAAAUCCAGCAUGAGUUUUAUGUAUUUUGGGAUGUAUUUACUCCAUGAUCAGAUGUUGCUUUCACGGAAAUGCACCAUUUUACUCAAUUUACCUUUAGAUAUACCUUGAUGUUAACAGACCAUUGCUAAAUAUAUGUCAGUAAAAGAUAAGGGCUUAGUUUUAGGGUUGAAAACAUUUGCAAGAGUCACAACUUCAGUGCAAAAGCAAAAAAACAAAUCACACUUGGAUUAUUCACUUCAACUUUUUGGCUUUUGAGAGCCUGCAAACAAAAAUCCUAAUAAAUCUCAACUGCGUUCACACUACCCCAAAAAUGGCUUGAAAGAAGCAGCUGAGUAAAGAAACAAAAGUUCAGAUUUUUACAUUGAGGAAAGAAGGAUACACAGAAAGAGAAAUUGCAAAACGCCUACAGGUGUUUAACAAAGGAGUCCACUACACUCUGAGGAGACUAGAGGAACCUGGAAGUUAUGAUGAUAGAAAAAGACCUGGACGAAAGAGAGUUACUACAAAAGCAGAGCAUAAACAUAGCAUUGUCACCAGUAAGAGAGAUCGGCAAAAGACAGCACCAAAUAUAAGGGAGGAAAUCAACAUGACAAGGUCAAAACCCAUAUCUCUGACAACCAUGAAAUGAUGUUUGAGAAAGGCUGGUCUGAAGGGUUGUGUAUCUGCAAAAAAACACUACUUCGUCCACAGAAUAAGAAAAAGAGAUAUGAGUGGGCAAGAGCUCACAAAAAUUGGACUUAUGAUGACUAGAAACAAGUUUGCACUGUUUGGUUCAAAACGCAGAGUCUAUGUCCGACAAACUGGUGAACGUCUGAAAGCACCAUGUGUUACACCCACAAUUCAGCAUGGAGGUGGUAGUUCCAUGGUAUGGGGAUGUUUUGCAGGUGAUAGAGUAGGAGAUUUGUUUGAAGUAAAGGGUAUCAUGAAGAAGGAACAGUACCACUCCAUCCUCCAGCACCAUGCUGUUCCAUCUGGACUCAGACUUGUGGCUCAUAAGUUUGUUUUGCAGCAAGACAAUGACUGUAAGCACUCUGCCAAGCUCUGUCAGGGUUACCUAGACAAAAAAGAAGAGGAAUGUGUUCUUCAAAAGAUGGUUUGGCCCCCUCAGUCUCCAGACCUUUCUCAAUUGAGCUUGUGCGGGAUGAAUUGGAUCUAUCAGUCAGAAAAAAUGCAUCCCACGAAUCAGCAGUUUCCUUUUAAUGAUAUAUAAUUAUAUAAUAUAAUAUAAUUACGCUUGGAAUGCAAUCCCUGGAUCAUACCUUAAAAACUUGUGGAACAAAUGCCUGGUAUAUGCCAAGCUGUUGUUAGAGCCAGAGGAGGUUACUUUAAAGAAAGCAAAUUCUAAGCAACAAUAACUCAAAUACCUAAUAAUUAUAGUCAAAAUGUCUUCUGAUAAGUUACUCUUUACACAAUAGUCAUGUUUAUUGUGUUGCAAAUUAUAUAUAUGAAACUAUGACCUUUUUUGUACAAAUCUUGCAUCCAAACUUUUGUCCUGUAGUGUAGCUCUACAUAAGGAAUAGUGCAGAAAUAGAUCUGAUAAACAACCUUAAAGCUGGGUUUGCAGGCAGCACAGUUCUGAAUGCCCUUCCUUAAAAUUAUGACAGUAACUUGACUGAUUUCCUCUAUUCCACCAUUAUCAAGUCCUAAUCUAAUAGUUUGGCCAUCACUUUUCAUUGACACCAACCAGAUUCAUACACUCCUCUG